CCCAGGAGUCCCUGCAGAGCCAGUCGGGUUGGGUGCCGCUCCUGCUGGCCCUGCUACACGAGUACACAGCCAGCAACUCCCACUGGCAGCCUUACUUCUCCCUCUGGGAGGACUUCAGGAGCCUGGAUCACCCCAUGUUCUGGCCCCAAGAGGAGCGAAGCAGGCUCCUGCAGGGCACAGGCAUCCCAGAAGCAGUGGACAAAGACCUGGCUAACAUCCAUGUGGAGUACAGCUCCAUCAUCCUGCCUUUCAUGGAGUCCCACCCCAGCAUCUUUGACCCCAAACGGCACACGCUGGAGUUGUACAAGCAGCUGGUGGCAUUUGUCAUGGCCUACAGCUUUCAGGAGCCUUUGGAGGAGGAAGAUGAAGAUGAGAAGGGGCCCAAUCCUCCGAUGAUGGUACCCGUAGCAGAUAUUUUGAAUCACGUGGCCAACCACAACGCCAACCUGGAAUACUCCCCCCAAUGCUUACGGAUGGUUACGACACAGCCCGUUGGCAAAGGCCAAGAGAUCUUCAACACCUACGGGCAGAUGGCCAACUGGCAGCUCCUACACAUGUACGGCUUCGCGGAGCCGUACCCCGGCAACACCAACGACACGGCCGACAUCCAGAUGGUGACACUGCGCAAGGCAGCGCUGCAGCGUGCCCAAAGUGAAGCCCAGCAGCAGCUGGUGUCAGAGCAGUGGGACUUCUUGUGCCAGCUGGAGAUGGUGGGGGAGGAAGGUGCCUUUGUGCUUGGCUGGGAUGAGGUGCUGACAGAGGAAGAGCUGUCCACAACCCUGAAGGUGCUGUGCAUGUCAGAAGAAGAAUUCAAGGAGUACAAGGAACAAGAUGGUUGGGAAGACGACAGUGAGGAAGAGGAAACCUCUACCCUUUCUAACGAGGCUCUCUCCAGACUUAAAACCCCUUGCAAGGAGCUCCUUUACGACAGCGUGCUGCUGACCCUGCAGUCCUACAGGUCAGACUUGAAAGCGGAGCAGGACUUGCUAAACAACAAGGAGGCUUAUGAGAAACUGAGUCGAAGGGAGCAGCAAGCUUUGCACGUGCGCUACGGACAGAAGAGGAUCUUGCACCAGCUGUUGGAGCUGGUACAGUAGAGACCUCACUGCCUCUGGAAACAAACCACCUGGAACAGUGCUCAGGAAGGGAAGGUCCACCU